UCUUCGCCUACGGAUAUCGUUGUCCUCAUGGAUGCAAUUGUGGUGCGCCUUGACAAUAAAAUUGAACGUGUCGUUGACAAGGCAGUCGUCAUCGCGGCCCUGGAUACGCUCUCAUCUCCUCAGAGCAGCUCCACCAUACGCUCAUUGGACGCGUGGUCAACACCACGAUUAGUCUACGAUGCUGCAAACAAAACGUUCGCCUUUAAGUACGAUGGCGCUACUACAAGAUCGAUGGCACAAUGGACAGCGCCGAAGUACUCUCAUCCCAUGAAGCACGGUAGUGCUGUAGCGCGCGCAGAUGCGUUUUGCGCGCGAUUCGAGCUUUGUUGGCAGUGAGCCAUCUGCGGUGGCUCGAAGAGGAUAUCUUUUCCAGUGGGGACUCUGCCUGGGCAUCAAAUUUAGAUACGCUUCGCAGUAUCGCUGCGCUUGAUCAUUGUCUUACAUUCUUUUGUGAAUACAGAGCUAGUUUGGACGGCAUGCGGCGGUGUAUACUUGGCACCCUCACUAACAUCGAAGGGGAACUGUUGUACCUCGAAGAUGCACACUCUGAAACGACCCGCGUUGUGGUAAAACUGGAUAUCUCUCAAGCUGAAACAUUCGGUGGCUAUUUUGCAGUGGGCAUGGUCAUCCUCGCGGAGGGUGCCAUGGAUGCAAACAAAGCUAUGUUUGUUGUUGAUGCCAAUUUCGGAUCUAUAGCAAUACUGCGAAAUCAGGCACUCGGACACCCACCAGCAGAGCCUCGCGAUCUCGCUCUCCGAACAGUUGGUGGUGAACAUAUGGACGUCACCUGCACGAGCCAGCGAGCAGCAAUGGGGACUGACAGUUGUCAUUUUUAG